AGGUUUUCUUCCCUCUCAAUUCUCAAACGAUCAGAAAACAAACAGGCACCCCCUAGUUUCUAGUCGUUCGUAAAUCGGCAAGAACACAGAAAAACAGCCGAAGGAGAAGCCAAAAACAAAGAAAGAAUGGGAACAAAAUCUCGAGGCGUUAAGUCCAGACCUUGCAAUUCGAUACCUCCUUCAAAUCCCUCCCUCAUCUCCCCUCCUCUCCUCCAUCAGGAUGAAGCUAAUGAAGAAUAUCGUGUAGAUGGUACUGAUUGUGGAGCAUCGGAGGGUGCUGGCUCCAGUCAAGAUAAUGAUAAUAAUGAUGAUGAUGUUGUAGUUCCUGAUUCUGUUGAAGAGGUGGAUAGAUGUGCAGGAGAAAACCAUGGUGCAGGGCCUAGCAGAGAAUGUAUUUUUGUAGAUUGGUUAGAACAAGAGUCUUGUAUUAGAUGCAAUAGCCGAACUGGUCAGGUUUUGGUUUGCAGUGAAAAUGGCUGCCCGGUUACUAUACAUGAAGUGUGCAUGAAUUGUAAUCCUAAAUUUGACAAUAUGGGUAAAUUUUACUGCCCUUACUGCUGGUACAAGCGAGAACUAGUGAGGACCAAAGAGUUGAGAAGGAAAGCUAUGUUGGCAAGGAAGGAAUUGUCAAACUUUAUAUGUUUGAAGAGAGAUGGUGGAAAUGAGGAAAUGCAGGUAGAUGAAACAGAAACCAUGAAAGCUGCCAGUGUAUCAACAAUGGCGGGGAAGAUAAAUACUGGUGAUUCUGAAAAUGGGCUGAAUGAUAAAAAUAAUGAGAGAAUACAUCAUGAUCAGGAGGAAACACCGGGUGUUGAGUCCAUAAGCAAAUCUGAUGAGGAAAGAAACUCUAGAGCUCGUGGGUCUGAAAAUUUUGGGGAUGGAGAAAGGAUACAAGAUGAGGAUAUAGAAAAUGCUUCUGAUAGUGAAGAUGAUGAAAUUGAUGAGGAUCAAUGGCAAAUACAACCAAUUAGUUCAAGCCAUUUAGAAAUAGAGAAAGGUGCACUUCCUGUAUCAACUAAAGAAACUUCUGACAAUGUAGGUGUAUUAGAAGAGAACAAGGAAGAGCCAGUGCUCCCAAAUGCAGUUGGAACUACUAUGGCACUAAUAACCAGUGAUGCUACAUCCAAGGUGCCUGCAAUUAAAAGUUUUGAGUUUGUAUUACCUGAUUUGAAUACUGAGACACUCGUAGUGCGUCAAAAGCGUGUCAAACGAACAGCUCAGAAGGAGUGGCCUCAGAAAGUUGAUUCACCAAAGAUGCCAUCCUCUGAACCAAGUACUAGUGCAAAGGAUAAGAAGAUGAACCAACAAGGAAAAGCUACAGCAGCAAAAAAUUCUGUGCAAUGCCAAGAAUUAAACAAGCGAUUUGUGAGUUCGAAAUUGGGUACUGAAAAGCGUAGGCGAUUACACUGGACAGCUGAAGAGGAAGAAAUGCUGAAGGAGGGAGUGCGUAGAUUUUCAAGUAUAGUGAAUAAAAAUAUCCCCUGGAGGAAAAUUUUGGAGUUUGGUCAUCAUGUUUUCCAUUCAACUCGUACUCCAGUUGACCUUAAGGAUAAAUGGAAGAAUAUUAUAGCCAAAGAGGCCCCAAAGUAACAGGGGAGCAUGAUUAAAUCUGGAGGUAUAAGACAAUGGGCAGCGUCUGAGCUCGGGGAUGUAAUCUCUGCUGUGUUAUAAGGUCAAAUUUCCUUUUGAUUUCACCUGGCCUGAUUGCAUUCUUGGUCCAAGGAAAUGGAGAAAAUAGGCCUUUGCAGGGAAUGAUAUGGAAAGUGUAUAUAUAUAUAUAUAUUCUUUUUAUUCAACUUGAAUAUUUUAAGCAGUGUAGAUGUUUUGACAUUUUCAGCUUCAGUCACUUGUUCUAUAUUGUAGUCCACUUAUUUCCAUUGUUAGACUAUUUUUCAGACUCUCACAAGCAAGUCAUGCAAACCACAUAUUCAUGUUU